UGUAAUUUUUUUCUUUAACAUAAUUUUUCUUAAAUUUUUUUUAGUAUUUUUUUUUAAUAACUACAAUUUUUUAAUAUUAUUUUUUAGUAUUUUUUUUUAACAACAAUUUUUCAAUAAUUUUUUUAUAUUGUUUUUUUUAUCUAUCUUGUUAAAAUUAUUUUUGGAAGUUGGUGGUGGAUUCAUUAUUUUGAAAGUUGGACAUUCGUUAAAAUAAUUAUAUAUUAAAAUAUAAUAACGAUACAUUGACGAUACAAAUACAUUAAAAUUAAAGACAUUUCAAAAUACAUUAACGAUACAAAUACAUUAUAAUUAAAAACAUUACAAAAUACAUUCACGAUACAAAUAAAAAUCUUAUUGCGCGCCACGUGGACCAUGGUACGAUCCACAUUGAGGUUGCCUAAUGGGUCGUGUAGACGGGUCACGAGUUGGUAAUGCCCCCCUAUUCCUGCGACAACGCCCCCCUCUAUUUGGUUUGUCUUGUGCCAGAGUCGACGGCCCCUCAAUGAAACCUGGGUCUUCAACAUCUUGACCUAUAGAAUUCCCUCCAUAGGAUAGGCGGGUGCCCGCGGCGCUGUCGAAGCUUUGUCUAGGCGGGUUGAAAUUCCUCUUAGUGGGUGCGGCCUGGAAGUUUUGGAAGUUGGUGGUGGAUCCGGUUUGGUUAAAAUACAAUGGUUGUGGCGGUGUGUUGAGGUCAAAUUGUUGGUUGGGGUACUGUGAUGUGUUGGUCGAAUAUGGUGUAUUGCGGGUAUUCUUCUUCUAUGCCCAUGUCGGGGGUCAUUGGUGGUGAUCUUGAAGAGCUCCCCGCAUGGAAUUCUUUGAAAUGUGAUCUAGAAGAGCUCCCUACAUGGAAUUGUUGAUUUUGUGGUUGAGUUUGGGAUGGAAAAAACUGGUGGAGUUGUUGGGAAUGUUGUUGGUAAAACGGUGUUUGUGGUUGCAUUGGUUGUUGGUGGUAACUUUGUUGUUGUUGUUGUUGGUGUUGUUGUGGGUAAUGUUGUUGGUGGUAAUUUGGUGGUGGUUGUUGUUGUCCUCCAAAAUAUGGAGGUUGUGCUCGCGGGUCAGCUAAAUAGAAAGGGGCAGACACAAUCAUUUCAGGAUUUGUGACCGAUUUGUACCAGUUUACAUAGUCAAUAGUUGGCUUCAUUUCUCCCGGCGCCACAGGAAAUUCUAGAACCGUUUUUGAUCGACGAGCCCAUAUUUUACGCUGAUCUAUAGCAAACGACUUGUAAUUUUCAACGUACCACUGUUCGCUAACCUUCGCAAGAUGCCAACGUCCCAAACAGUCAGGCUCAGCUGGGUCAGGGAUACCUUGAUCCAUGCCGAAUUGGAGCUUGACACGGUCACUCGGGUGCAUCUCCACAGUGGUGAACCGUAUGAUGGGUGAUUUUGCUGUCCAAAUAACCGCCUCGUCAAGGUCGGGUACGUGGUCCUAUUCCAAGUAAGGACGCCAAAUAAACUGCAAAGCAAAUAAUAUUAAUUUCAAAAUAUAGAAGAUAGUUAUAUAUUCUUAACCCCCAUUGGAAUUUCCAGAGAAUUGUUAGAGCCAUCAACACUGGGUUUCGUCAACUAGAUGGUCCGACCAGAAAAGUUAAACAGAUAGAUUACCGUUGUCCAUACAUUACGUUGACGGAUAAUAAUCCAGAAGGCACCUACAUGUAUUAUUGGGACCGUGUGAAAGACGAUGUGGACGUGGAUCUAAUGUUUUGGACACACAGUGGAGAGGUUAACCGAGGCGUUGAAGAUCCACUUGUUCUUGCAGUGAUACUCGAGUAGUUUAGAUUAAGUGUUGCAAUGAUCGAGCGUGUACUACAAGUUGUUAUGUGUUAUUUUCUUAGAUGUUUUAGUUUCUGUGUUGGUUAUUGGCAAUGUACCUUUUUAAUUAAUGAAUGAAUUAAUGUUUUCCAUAAUAUAUAUAUCUGCGCUAAUUUAAUAUAAAAUCCUCAAAAUAUAUUAUAAUCAUAUGUUUUAAAUGAAUUAAAAAUUAUGAUAAAUCACUGCAUGCAAUAAUUUAAAAUAAACAUGACAAGACGAGACACUGCAGGGAAUCUCGUCCCCACCACAGACAUGACGGGACAAGACACUGCAGGGAAUCUCGUCCCCACCACAGACAUGACGGGACAAGACACUGCAGGGAAUCUCGUCCCCACCACAGACAUGACGGGACAAGACACUGCAGGGAAUCUCGUCCCCACCACAGACUUGACGGGACAAGACACUGCAGGGAAUCUCGUCCCCACCACAGACUUGACGGGACAAGACACUGCAGGGAAUCUCGUCCCCAAUGGGUGAAUGUACCUUCACUCUAGAGGACGUGUACAUGUUAUUGGGUCUCAAAACAAAUGGAAAGGCAGUGUAUGGAAAUGUCCAACAACCAAACGCCCUAUGCGUCGAAUUGUUGGGUGUGGAUUUAAUAGAGGGUGAGGGGCAACAAAGGGGUAGGGGCCAAGGUAUAAAGCUUGCUGGCCUUCAGCUAGCUUAUGCUGGGCUUCUAUUGGAUCAGUUUUCUGACGAAGAAACUAUACUGCAGAAAACUAGGAUGUAUAUUAUGUUGUUGUUUGGUAAGUUUCUAUUUCCCGAAGGCACGGGAAAUAGUGUUAAUUUUAUGUACUUGUGUUUACUUGGGGACAUUGAUGCAAUAAAGACAUAUAGUUGGGGUUCGGCUGUGUUGGCAUACCUAUAUAGUUCCUUGUGCAAAUGUGCAAAAAAGGAUAGUUGUACAUUUAGUGGAUGUGCAUUCUUGCUACAAGCAUGGGCAUGGUGGAGAAUGCCGGUAUUGGCCCCUGCAAAUCCAAACAGUUACGCCUUCCCUUACGCUUCAAGGUUCAAUGCACUCGGAAUGGAUUGGUCCAAAACGCCUGAUUCCAAAAUCAUUAUCUACCGCCAAAUAUUAGAUCGACUAGGACCCCAAGAUUUUAUUUGGCGUCCUUACUUGGAAUUGGACCACGUACCCGACCUUGACGAGGCGGCUAUUUGGACAGCAAAAUCACCCAUCAUACGGUUCACCACUGUGGAGAUGCACCCGAGUGACCGUGUCAAGCUCCAAUUCGGCAUGCAUCAAGGUAUCCCUGACCCACCUGAGCCUGACUGUUUGGGACGUUGGCAUCUUGCGAAGGUUAGCGAACAGUGGUACGUUGAAAAUUACAAGUCGUUUGCUAUAGAUCAACGUAAAAUAUGGGCUCGUCGAUCAAAAACGGUUCUAGAAUUUCCUGUGGCGCCGGGAGAAAUGAAGCCAACUGUUGACUAUGUAAACUGGUACAAAUCGGUCACAAAUCCUGAAAUGAUUGUGUCUGCCCCUUUCUAUUUAGCUGACCCGCGAGCACAACCUCCAUAUUUUGGAGGACAACAACAACCACCACCAAAUUACCACCAACAACAACAACAACCACCGCCACCAAAUUACCAACAACAACAACAACCACCACCAAAUUACCAACAACAACAUUACCCACAACAACACCAACAACAACAAAGUUACCACCAACAACCAAUGCAACCACAAACACCUUUUUACCAACAACAUUCCCAACAACUCCACCAGUUUUUUCCAUCCCAAACUCAACCACAAAAUCAACAAUUCCAUGUAGGGAGCUCUUCUAGAUCACAUUUCCAAGAAUUCCAUGCGGGGAGCUCUUCAAGAUCACCACCAAUGACCCCCGACAUGGGCAUAGAAGAAGAAUACCCGCAAUACACCACAUUCGACCAACACACAUCACAGUACCCCAACCAACAAUUUGACCUCAACACACCGCCACAACCAUUGUAUUUUAACCAAACCGGAUCCACCACCAACUUCCAAAACUUCCAGGCCGCACCCACUAGGAGGAAUUUCAACCCGCCUAGACAAAGCUUCGACAGCGCCGCGGGCACCCGCCUAUCCUAUGGAGGGAAUUCUAUAGGUCAAGAUGUUGAAGACCCAGGUUUCAUUGAGGGGCCGUCGACUCUGGCACAAGACGAACCAAAUAGAGGGGGGCGUCGUCGCAGGAAUAGGGGGGCAUUACCAACUCGUGACCCGUCUACACGACCCAUUAGGCAACCUCAAUGUGGAUCGUACCAUGGUCCACGUGGCGCGCAAUAAGAUUUUUAUUUGUAUCGUGAAUGUAUUUUGUAAUGUUUUUAAUUAUAAUGUAUUUGUAUCGUUAAUGUAUUUUGAAAUGUCUUUAAUUUUAAUGUAUUUGUAUCGUCAAUGUAUCGUUAUUGUAUUUUAAUAUAUA